CUAUUAGGCAAGAAGUGAGAUCAGUUUAGGAGACCACAUGCACAGCCCUUACUUCUCGAUCAGUACUUCAUUCGAUUCCUUCGGUUUUGUUCAACAUGGACACGAACAAGGAGUUUCCCUAACCCUUGUUCGAUCGUCAUUAACCGACUAUAUCGAUAAGUUUUAGAUUAUAAGCAAAUUGUAUGCAAAUUACAUUUGACGGAAUCUAUGAUCGCUGCAAUUGUUACAUUUUUUGGAAGUAUCAGCACGAUUAGAACAAUAUUCCAAGCAUAGUAUUCUGACAAUAUCAAUUUCUCAUUGCAAAAUUAAUCUUUUCGGAAGGGGAAAUUAUUUGCUGAAAUGGAAAAUUACACAGAAUUUGAAGUUAAUGGUUCAAAUUCUACGAGUCUGGACAACGUAACGCCUGCCGUGUUUGUCAUAGGCGUCAUCGUUGCUGUCAUCAUCAUCCUUUUCGACGUCCUCAUCGUUGUGUGUAACAUCUUCAUGCUUGCUGUCCUACAUCAUCCACAGAUCCAGGACAUCGGAGAAGUAAAUAUUUUUCUUUUCCGAGUCAUGGCCAUUGUCGAUAUCUUUGGUGGACUGGCCAGCACUACCUUUCAGCUCUACUCCGAACCAAGUUUUUUCAACCGUCAAGAUGCACUUUCAGCUGAACUAUGUCUGAUUCUGCUCUUCUUCUGUUUCUACUCGGCUAACUUGUCAGUUUGGCUACAGUGUCUCAUCACCAUUAAUAAGUACCUUAUGGUGUCUCACCCCUUGCGUUAUCCGACCUUGGUAGACGUCAAACGCUCUGCCAUCACCUUAUCAGUCUGUGCUCUCAUCUCUCUCAACUGCGCCAGUUUCUUGCCGAUUCCGUCUUUCCCUUACACAGCCUCCGGCAUGUUCUUCUGUCGCGAUGGGAUCUUCGAACAUCCAAGUUUAUCCCUCGAUCUUGGGAUCCUAGUCGCAUGCAUCGCCUGUCCAGCCCUCAUCACCUCCCUACUCAACGUCCGUCUGCUAGCAAUAUCCAUAUCCUUCUCGAGGAAGGUCUGUGCACAGGAUGCAAUAACCAACGAAACGUCUUCUGCAGAUCAUCCAGGGAAUCAUCGACGACGACCGAAUUUUCGUGGUAUAAAGACCAUCAUCCUCCUCGUCAUCACUUCGUACUUCUACGUCAUUUUCAGUGCUCUGUUCGUUUUGACUCAUCCCCUUCUAUUAUCCGAAUUGCUACACAUUACGGUCGGUAACCUGCUUUAUUUGAUGUCGUUGAGCAGUUUUUGGUGGAAGCUCUUCGUGCUCAUUAUGACCAAUGAACGAUUUAGAAAUGUAGCUAAGAAAGUGUGGUCGGACUUCAAGAUGAAAUUCACACAAACUUAAUUGUUUCACAAAAUGAAUGUAAAGGACGGGCUGACUGUGCUUUUUAAUUGUCACUGUGGAAGGAACAAUCAUGUAGGUCGCAUUUUGUAAAAAAUUUCGUCAAUAAUUAUAAGGACGGUGAUCAGUGAAUAGUUGCUUUGCAAAAACUAUGGAUUCUCGUUAGACCUUCAUCAGUAGGGAGUGGUUUAACUAAAUAGGCUAGAACUGAUGUUGGGACAUAGACAUUAAUGUAAACGAUCUUAUUUACAUACGGAUUGGUUCCAUGGAAAUAAGAUAAUGUGCAUGUAUGAUAAAACAUUAUUCUAUUUUGUGCGUAAACGUUUAUGAAUAAAUAGGCAUGUACUGAUCGAUUUGACCGGCCAGUAAACUGUAUUUAAUAAUUGUUCAUUGAGAGAUAUUAUCAUCUUUAUUUGAGUAACCUCAAUGGCCACUCACAUCACAAUACGUCGUAUGUGAUGAUAGCCACAAGCUUUUAUACAUACAGGUAUAAAAUGGCACUUUUUCGAAAUAUUUCAUUAUGGUAAAUAGCAUACCCAAGCUAAUUACUUUAAACUGUUUUUCUGAUUGCAUGAGGAACAAAGUUGAAAUUUUACUCUAGUUUUAAAACUGUUUUAGUCCAAAAUCGAGUGUCGUUCAAUAAAACGAAAAAUAUACAAUAUCAGAGAAAACUUUCGAAACGUACAGUUUGGAAUAAUAUUUACUGUGCUGUCAUUCUAUUGUUGCUCGCUUCACUCACAAAGAAUCAUGUUCUUUAUAUGACUAUUGUUUAUUAUGAUUAUUAUUUUAGAUGCAUUCUGAUGUAGAUGUUAUUUUGGUGUAUUAAUCAAUGACGAUAGUACCACCCUAAAAUAUAAGGGCUCCGUCUUAACCAUGCGAGAAAGAAAAGAUAAUAAAAAUGCUAUAAUUAGGGUAGGUAUGGGGAAUUGGAGACCCUUAAGCACAUUUGCAUAAUUUACAUAAACAUGAAAAAUGUUACACAUACAGA